UGAUGUUUUUUUUUCUCUUUUCCCAUCUUAUUAUUAACGAAAACUUAACCCCACGUAGUAGGUGCGGCUCCUGUAGAAAAGGAGAAAAGCGUGAAAAGGCAACGUCACUAACCGCAGACAUCUGAUUGAGCUUGGACCUAAACUCCAAACUAAUACAGCUGGAGUACUAUCAAACUACAUUGUAUCAAUGACCAUCCAUCACUUAUCGGCACACUUUCACUUAUCACACCUAACCUAUUACUAGGUACCUACAAUAAUUGAACCUUCGACUCAGAUUAGAUCAAUUUAAUCUAAUACUAUCAAAUCACCAAAAAAGCCGUCUUCGACCCUGAAUUUCUCACUUCAGUAACACGGCUACAACCCUCCAAUCCAUUCUGGGGGUACAUCGCACUUGAGCCAUCCAUCAUGGAAUCCAUAAGAGCCGUAUUCUUCAAACCCGAUCCUCAAGUUCAAGUCCGCAAAUGUAACAACCUCAUCCGGCAAAACACCCGCAAACUCGAUCGAGACAUCGCGACCCUCAAAGCCGUCGAAAACAAAACCCGCAAUCUAAUCAUCGCCGCCAACAAACGCGCCCAACGCAAUCCCUCUCAAGCCAAACAAGCCGCUCAAGAAACCCGCAUUUUCGCGCGCGAAUUAAUCCGCACCCGAAAUACCUCCCGCAGACUCGUCACGUCGAAAGCCCAAUUGCAGAGUGUGAAUAUGCAAGUUAAUGAAGCGUUUGCGGUGAGGAAAAUCGAGGGUAGUAUCAAGGCGAGUGUGGGCAUCAUGAAGGAUGUGAAUAGUUUGGUGCGAUUACCGGAGUUGAUGGGGACGAUGAGGGAAUUGAGUCAGGAAUUGGUAAAGGCCGGGAUUAUUGAGGAGAUGGUUGGUGAUAUGAUGCCUGAUCAGUUGGAAGAGGAAGAUGAAGAGGCGGAGGAGGAGGUUGAUAAGGUACUUGGUGAGAUAUUGCAGGAUAGAAUGUCUAAGGUUGGAGCGACGCCAAGUUUACCGGCAGCGCCUGUACAAGAGGAAGUCGCUGCGGAAGAAGAGGACGAGGAUGCCGAGGCGAUGUUGAAUCAGAUGAGAGGAAGAUUACAAGCUUUGAAGAGUUAGGUGAGGGAGACAUAGGAAUUUGGUUUUGUAUACCUCAUUUGGAGUCUGGCUGGAGUUCGGAUUGGAGUUUUGGUUGGAUUUCUAUAUGCUUAGAGGCAUUUUUGCGGUGGCCUUGGUUUGGAUCAAUACAGAGGAUUGUUCAGAAAUCCUUCCUGGUCUAUUACUUUAUGCAUUUUUACAAUAUAUUGCAUGAUAAUAGAUAUCUCUCCAAGAUUUGAUCCAAGAUGAGUAGAGCGAAGAGCUUAAAGGUGGGUGGCAGACAUCGUUGAUAAUCAUUUCUAUUCCGAUAUCACAUCUCAUAUGGCCAUACCCUAAGUAACGCAAGGAAGAAAGUAGUCAAUG